GGAAAAACAAAAGCCACCUAAUAUACUUGUCCUGAGAGAUAAUACACCUGACGGUAGGCUAUGUUACUACUCUAUUCUCAAGUAUCAUCAGGAUAGUGGGAGCUUCUCUCUGGUUCGAGACACUGUCACACACACAGGUGACAUGUAUUUAGGCCAUGAACUUUUUGGGUGUAGUGAAGGCAUGUUUUGUUUAAACAAUUACGGGGAAAUGGUUUUAUGGAACCCAUUCCUCAACCAAUUCAAACACGUCCCGAAGUCGCCUAUUCCUCGGCUAGCGGUCGGUGACAACGACUCGGUCCACGUGGAUCCCGUUAUGUUCGGAUUCGAUCGAGAAUCCGAACCCACGGGGAAUUUUAAAGCUUUUAGCUUAAUCCAUAAUAUCCUUGAUCCUGACGGUAACGAUUAUACUUCAGAAAUCAAACACCAAACAGAGGUGUACUCAUUGAACACAAAUUCCUGGAAACCAAUCAAAGUCUCUAUUGGUGAUCAUUACUUCUAUAUAUACGGGGGGAAUCCUGUACAUGUUGAUGGUAAAUAUUAUAGGCUUGCAACUAGGUCCUGUGGGGAGAAGCUUACGAGGAGUGUCAUCAUUUCAUUUGAUUUUAGUAGUGAGGAGUUAUCUUUCGGUGAAAGGCCCGAGCCCGAGGACGAAUCGCCGCGCCACAAGUGGGAACUCUUCGAUUAUGGAGGGUUGCUUUGCGCGAUUCGUUACCCCCGUCCGGAUGGGGAUGAAGAAUCUUGGGAGGUCUUCCUGUUGAAGGAAGAUGGGGGAUGGAAAAAGAAGUUUGCAUUGUUGGGUUCCCUCCUUAAUUGAGAAGUUCAUGAGAAUUCUAGAAUAUUGCGGAGAUGUCUAGAAUUCUCUAGAUGUGUGUAGAGAAAUAUUGCAUGUUCUAGAAUAUUCCGUAGCUUUCUAGAGAGACGUAGAAUUAUCUAGAAGCGUGUGGAAGAGUGUAGAAGCUUCUAGAACAUUCUGAAGCAGUGUGGAGUUCUCUAGAUCCUUCUUGAAGAUUAGAGAAGCUUGUUGUUAGUUCUUGGAAGAAUCUAGAAAUGUAGUGAUGUAUAGAAAGUUCUAAAGAAGCUUUGAGAAGAGUAGUAUAAAUAGAAGUGACACUCUUCAUUCCUAGGUGAGCCUCUAGAGAGAGAGCCAUGUGAGGGCCUAAAGAGAGAGCCUAGAGAGAGCCUCCUCAAGUGAUGAGAGAGAGAUCCUUGAGGAGGCUCUUGAGUGAAGGCCUCCUGUAGAGAGGGAUGUGAGAGUGAAGUAGUCUCAUACAAAGAGUGAUGUGAGCUACCCGUUUACUUGUAAAAUAUCUCUUGUACAUUUCAAUUGUAUAAUACAAAGUGAUAUUGUUAGAUUGAAUCUUUGUGUUACGAGUGGGUGGGUGAAUGUACAAGAGUCCUUUGAGCUGGUGAUCCUGGAAGAGGUCGGGGGUCGUGUUUUCCCCAAUAGUGGUAUCAGAGCCGAGGUUGUUGGAGGUAGAGUAACGGGUGGAAUUCGUCGUGGGGAUAGAUCUCGUCUUACCAUAAUAGUAGCAGUGUUGGUAGAGGCAUUCGAGAUCAUGCUCUUUGAGGGGAUGUUGGACUUCACUUUAGAGCUUGGGUCAUACAUAUAUGGAGCAGAGUGAUGAGAUGCAUCGUGUGGAUAUGAUGGUUCUCAGGCUGGUCUCGUGAUUUGAUCUAUUAGUGGUGCGUUGUAUCAAAAGUCUUCCUGAUAUUGUGGUGGUCAGGCGGCGUGUCCCGUUGGUAAACAACGGCGGUACAAGAAGAAUUGCAGGUCAAGUGUCGGCGGAAAGGAGAUCUUCUUGAGAACAUCUCAUACAGGGUUUGGUCUUGCGAUUUGAUCUACUAUUGGUGUGUUGUAUCGAAAGUCUUCCUGAUAUUGAGGUGAUCAGGCGGCGUGUCCCGUUAGUAGAUAACGGCGGUACAAGAGAGUUUGGUGGAUCAAUUCUUGUUGCGGAGGAGAUCAUGACCAUUCCUAGGUGGCUGCUCGUAUGGUGUGAUGCAAGCAUUAUUGUUUGAGGGGGAGCAACUCACAUGUGAGGUGGAGACUGCUGAGUCUAAAUGUGAGGCUCGUAUUGGUGGUUGAGUGUUACUUCUCAAUUAAGUCGGUAGGGAGAGAUUUGUUGGGUUCCCUCCUUAGCACACAUGCUGAUAUAAUAACUAUAAACAAAGUGGACAAACUAUAUCAUCUGCAUGCACAAACUGAAUUUGCACACACACACUGAUGUUACUUGUAGAUGAGACUGAAUUAGUAUUUUACUGAACUGGCGUAAUGAAAGUUGUUGGCUUUCAAAUUGUUGUGGUUGACGAUGGUGAAACUUGGGAUUGGAGCAGCGUGACUUGUGUUUCAAAUCAAUUAUAUUCCAUUGAAAUCCAUAUAAUUUUAUGAAAUAGAAUUCCAUAGAAUUCCUUUUGAAUCUCAUGGAAUCUAUAGAAUUCUAUUAAAAUCCAUGGAAUCUACACUCCUUUAAAAUCCAUUAAAGUUUGUAUUGGGGACACCCCCCCUAAGAUUAUAGAACGGAAUACAAAUCCACAUGGCUCUGCG